GCAGAUCCACACAAACGGGUUAGAAAGCGCGAGAGCGAGCGAGCCAGGAGUGAAUGUUUACCACUUACUCUGUGGAAUCUAUCAGGAGUCGACACUUAAGUCAGGUUUCGCUGUAUUCAUUUUACCCGAAAAGCGCUUUCAAACGGCAACCGCUCAAAAUAAUCACCAUAAAGGACAUAUCAGCGGCUGGAUCGACUGAAUGAAACCAUGAGGAAUAAAAAACACGGCGGUUGACGCGAUCUAAACUAACGUGACUAUCGAUCCAGCAGAGCCAAGCUUUUGAAAACGCCGAGCCAGGUACUUCGGCGCAGACUUUCAACGGUCGGUUUUUCCUGCGGGUUUACCUGUGCUUACGUGGCACUUUUUUGACCUGGAGAUUUAUUGUCAAAAAUCCCGUUUUUAGAUUUUUGAUCCACUUUUAUCGUGGCGAUGCGAUGUAUUUUCAGAGGUUUGGUAAGUUGCGUGGCCGGGACUAGUUUACUUGCGCCAGGCAGCCAAUCAGCGGAAUAACACUCAUUAUUUUUGCGUUAAUUUAUCCGCUUUUGCCUUAUUCACACGAUAGCCUUCAAAAAACAGCCUCGUACCGCACCCUUCAGAGAUUGACAGCGGGUUUCGUGGCGAGCUUUCCUAAGGAGGAUAAGUGUCACCGCUGCGCGUGUGUUUUUGGGGUGGUAAAAUGGAUGCGGGAAUGGAGAAGGAGUGCAGCGCUUUGGGAGGGCUCUUCCAAAUCAUCAUGAACGACAUGAAGGCGAGUUAUCCUGCCUGGGAGGACUUUGUCUCCAAAGGGGCUAAGCUACAAUCUCAGUUAAGGACAACAAUCAUCGUCACUAGCUCAUUCCUGGAUGCUUUCCAGAAAGUGGCUGACAUUGCAACUGGAACACGAGGAGCGACGAAAGAGAUCGGAUCGGCUUUGACCAGGAUGUGUAUGAGACACAGAAGCAUUGAAAACAAGCUCAAACUGUUCACAACGGCUCUCAUGGAUAACUUGAUCACUCCUCUGGAGCUGAAAAUUGAAGAGUGGAAAAAGGUUGCCAGUCAGCUGGACAAAGACCAUGCCAAAGAAUAUAAGAAAGCACGAGCAGAUAUCAAGAAGAAAUCUUCAGAUACGAUUAAACUGCAGAAGAAGGUUAAAAAAGGUAAAGACGAGGUGCGGAUGCAGCUGGACAGCGCUCUUCAGGACGUCAACACACGCUACGCAGUUCUAGAGGAGACUGAGAAGAGAGCCGUGUGUCGAGCACUUGUCGAGGAAAGAGGAAGAUUCUGCUCAUUCGUCACAAUGCUCAAACCUGUCCUGGAUGAGGAGAUAAGCAUGCUUGGUGAAGUCACCCACUUGCAGACAAUUCUAGAAGAUCUUGGCAACCUGACGGCUGAUCCCAACACACUGCCUCCUGCUAGUGAACAGGUUAUUCUUGAUCUGAAAGGCUCAGACUACAGCUACUCGUAUCAGACUCCACCCGCUUCUCCUAGCAACACGUUGUCACGCAAGAGCAGCAUCAGCAGUAACUACACCUCUGUGCGUCAUGUCCCAUCUCUGGACUCCAUCUCCAGCGCAGUAGAUGGGCUUCAUCUGAGAGCACCAGACACAACACAGGAGAAAGGCCAGAUCUCUCCAGGCACAGAGAACGGGACCUCCAUGCCCCCAUUGCACAAAGGUUACAGCGGGCAUGAGGAGAGAGCCAGGACACUGUCCACCUCGGGCAAGCCACAGUCAGCCAGGGAGCAGCUGGCUCUUACUCUUGGAGGCGGGCUUAAUUCAGAAGCUCCUCGGACCAGCCGAGAUUCCCUGCACUGCUCCAGCGGAUACAGCACCCAGACGACCACGCCGUCGUGCUCAGAAGACACCAUUCCCUCGCAGCAUGCGGUAAAGAAAGAACCUCCUCUAUAUGACUAUGACUACAUCUCCCUGCAUGGAGGCGAGGACGCCCACAGCCAGUCUGAAUUUGAUAAAUCUUCCACAAUUCCUCGCAACAGCGACUUGAGUCUCAAUUACCGUAAAAUGUUUCAAAGCAAGAGGCCAGCAUCUACUGUCAGUCUGCUUAUGGAUCCGGAGCCAAUAGGACCCCACACAGCCACCAUCCGCCGUAAACCCUCCAGCAAGCCCAACAUCCGCCGUGGGACCAUUAGUGGAGGAGUGCCUAUCCCCAUCUCCACACCACAGGUGCCACUGAAGGCGUCCGUUUCCACCGCCGGCCUAAGCGGCAGUGAGGAGACCAUGUGCCCUCCUGGGGUGACGCAGGGUAACAGGGUACCUGGCUCUGAUCUGGUCCACACCAGACAUAAUCUCUGUACGUCCACUCAGAGUCUGAGUGCAAUGCCGCCUCCAUACUAUUCCAUGUUCCCUGGGCAACCACCAGUGGGCGGCACAGAGACGCUGUAUCAAAUGAGCAAGCAACAGCAGUAUGCACUGCACCAACAGCAACAGAGGCAAUAUCAUCAACAACAACAGCUGCAACAACAAUAUAAUCAACAGCAAUAUAAUCAACAACAGUACAAUCACCAACAGCAUUAUAACCAACCGCAGGAGCCGCAAUAUCAACAGAUACAUCAAAAAGAGCUCCAGCAGAAACUCAAACGGCAGCAACAUCAAAAUCAGCAGCAGAUUCAAAACAUGGCAGCUCACAAUUCCAGCUUGCCCACUGAAAGCGAGAAGAUCAGUGCCGCUCAGCGUAGCGUGGAUCAUGUCGACGGCGUUCCUGAUCCAGGCAGCGGAGGCGACAUGUUGAGUAUGAUCCGAAGAGGAGUCAAACUACGUCGGACACUUACCAAUGACCGUUCGGCGCCUUUAAUCACCCCCAACCAUCUCAACUGAUUUGCUUUUCCCAGUCUUUGAAUUCAUCUGUGACUUUUUAACGGUUGCCUUUGCCGUCUUUUCGUUUAGCGACUUUUUCAUGCCUUUUAUUGUUGAGGUUUGCGUAUUUUUUGUUUUGUUUUUGUUUUGCUUUUAAGUGGAGGCAAAACUGUUGACUAACGUGCGACUCCUGCCACAUGAAAAGACGUUCGAUUUAACUACACUGUGCGCAAAGAACAACCGUUUUGCAGUGUCUGUGCGAAUGUUGCCUCAAUAAAUUAAAGUUAAUUCUGCAGGCUGUGUUCUUUACAUAUAUAUGUAUACCUAUAUAUACAGAUAUAUAUGUAUUUAGAGAUCUAGAUUGAGUAUCGGAACUUAAGAUAUAUUAAAGUUAUUUGUUUAUGUCGUAUUCGCAAGAAUAAAGCACUCAGCCUUCUGGUUAGAGAUCAAAAACUUCUGUAUAUAUUAGCGAAACAAUUGAAAGACUUGUAUUAUUAUUAAUUUUGUUUUCUUGUUUGUUUUCGAAAUUAGAUAAAGCAGCACUAGGCGUCUAUUUUUGUACAGUUUAGGGUAACAGAAAACUGCACCACUGCCUUUAAUCCGCCCAAUGACUGGAUGCGAAUGCAGCCAAUGAGAGGAAUGGAGGAAGGGAAGGAACGAUGUGAUUGGGUGGAUGAAUGAAGGACUGGAAUAGUGGAUCUUAUUUGUGUUGCUUAUGACUGUGAGAGCUUACAAAGGCAUCACUGUGGUUAUUUAUUCAACCUGUUUGAUUCUGAAUCAUUUUUAAUCGUUUGUUUACCAAAGCUUUGAUGCUGUAGCCCUGUAGAUGCGCAUAAAUCUGCUCUCCUGGAGGAUUUAUAAAGACUUGAUUCAUAAAACCUCAAACUUUUGGCCCAUGACUUUCAGCUUUUUUUUUUUUUUUUGUAUGUCUUUGAAUUAAAAAAACUUCCUUAAACUCAUUUAUUAUUACCAGAAAAGAACGUGAAUGGUUGCAUUAGGUUUAUAAAUUGAAUUUGUUCUGUUGCAAGUUGCCUUCUUUGUUUGAAAUCAAAGUGUCCCAUCCCUCCACCAAUUUAAGUAAAGCUUAUUCAAUGGAAAUGAAGGGUAUACUUGUCUCUUCACUUUCAAAGACUUAUGUCAAGGCUCAGAUCUCAAGAAUCGUUUAAUGCAUCUUAAUUGGAGCUGAAAAAAAACAUGAAUUAACUAAAACCGUGAGUACGAUUAUCAAAUUGCAAUAGCUUUGAUUUAAUUAAACAAAUAUAGGCACUGUAUGUUUCAGCAUGAAGCGCGGCACUGUGUUCUUUUACACACGAGCAACUCAUAAUCCGGCGUUUUCAGUAUCUUAAAAUCUGUUCAUCUGCACCACCUGAACUCGUAAGUUUAGGAUGCUUAUAACGUGUAUUUGGAAGUGCGACAUGCACCAGCCAUCUUCCCAAACUUCAUUAGAAGCGCUUAUAAAAUGUUGUCAACCAACGAAAAGCUUUAAUAUAAAAGAGAUGUUUUCAUCAAAAAUUAAAUUAUUUUAUAGUUGUACUGUAAAAAAUAUUUUGUUCUUAAACUUUUUAUUUUACAGUGAAAUAUUACAACAGUUCUAUUUUAAUUUAGUAGUAAUAAUGGUCAUAAUAAAAAUAAUUUUAUUUUACAGUACAAUUAUUAUUAUUACUUUAUAGUCAUACAGCAACAUUUUUGGCCAAACUGUAUAGCCCUUCAAACAAGUGCAGCAAAUCUAGACCAUUUUAAUCAGAUUUUAAAUUGUAACGGCAAAUUUUAUCAGAAAAAUCGCCAUGAGAAGUUAACAUUACUAACUGCUCACCACAAAAGCGUGUGUAGAACGUUCGGAUGUUGAGAAUUAAAGUGGUUCUGUUUUCUUAAAUGAAAGCCAAUGCUGGACGUUUGCUUUCAAGCUUGAAGUGCAUCACCAAUGCCUUUAACAUAUUUAAUAACAGGUUUAAUUACAUUAUUUCUAGCUCGUCUAGGUUUAAUUGGGACAGUAUUCAUCUCGGUAUGAUGCUGAAUGUAAUAAACCUGAUAUCCAGAAGCACUUCUGCAGUCUGACGGCUUCUCUCGCGGGCAUCUGUACUCUUUUUGAUGUCUUAUAAUUUAUCGUAUCUGUCACGCACGUGCUGGCAGUUCCGCUUUGAACUUUCACUCCUGCUGCAAAAGUUGUUUCCUCAUAUCUUACCGCGUUCUUUUUUCUAUUUUUUUUUUUUUUUUUUUUUUUACUGCCCCCCGUUUUUUGUUUUGUAUACUUUUCAGGUUAUUCUCAAUCUAGGGUUACUUCACACCUGUCUGAGCUGUGUCUAGGAUUUCUCGCCCCCUUCUCCAUCUGAAUGCUCAAUUGUUUUGUCUCUCUUCAGUGAUUUAGACAUGGCCCGAGACGUUCACUGCUGACACAAUGCUCCUCAGGCCUUUUACUGUAGGAUUAGCUUGCAGCUGUUGUACUGCGCUCCUGGAGUGUAAAAGAAUAUCGUUUUACUCUGAAAGGUGAGCUGACCGAGGUGUUUCUCCACUAAUCUUCAUUGUUAUUAGUGCUGCUCAGGGCAGUAAUGUCUGAGGCGUUUAAUCUGUGUUGAAGUUUUCUUUGCUGAGAUAAAGCGAUGAUUUAUCAUCCAGAUUGACCAAAAAUAUUAAACUUGCAAGAUCGGAAGUUGGAAUGAAAGGAAUUUACCCAAAAUAGUGUUUUUUUAAGACUUUGUUUGUUUGUUUUUGGUAUUUUUUGUUAACAUUCUCACUUUUUGAUUCCUUCAUUUGAUCUGAUGCAUUCUGUAUGCUAUAUAAACAUCAAUGGAAAGGGAUGAAUGUCAAAUUAAAGUGAAAAAAACAUAAUUAUUGUGAACCAGUCUCUUCUCCAUUGACGUUUUGAUAGUCAUUAAAGCAAUAAGCCGUUAGAAAUAUCUGUUGUUGAUGUGGGUGGUUACCAGGGUGUUGCUAUGUGAUUGUUGUUUUUGAUUGGUUUUUAGCAUUUUUGCCAUGCAAUUGUUAUUGUAUGGCAGGUAAAAUUGUAUACUAAUUAUAUACUGUUUAAAAGUUUGGGGUAAGCAAGAAUUUUUUAAAAAGAAAUGAACACUUUUAUUCAUCAAGGAUGCAUUAAAUUGAUGAAUAGUUACAGUAAAGACAUUUAUUAUGUAGCAAAAGAUUUCUGCUUUGAAUAAGUUGUUCUUUUUACUUUCUAUUUUUCAAAUAGUCCUGUAAUCUGUUUCCACAGAAAUAUUAAGCAACUGUUUUCAACAUUAAUAGUAAUGUUUCUUGAACAGCACAUCAACAUAUUAGAAUGACUUCUGAAUGAGCAUGUGACACUGAAAACUGGAGUAAUGAUGCUGAAAAUUCAGCUUUGGAUCACAGGAAUACAUUUUGAAACACAAAUAGAAAACAGUCAUUUUAAAUUGUGGUAAUAUUUCACAAUAUUACUGUUUUUACUGCAUUUAUGAUCAAAUAAAUGUAGCAUUGGUGAGCAGAAGAGACCUUUUUCAGAAACAUUUUAAAAAUCUUACAGACCCCAAACUUUUGAAUUGAAGUGUGAUUCUGAUCAUUUUGAAGAGUAGCAUCACACUUUUCCUAAAAAAACUAAAAAAACAAAACAAUGAGCAAUAGUAAUAGCAAUCUGUUUACAGUUAUCAAACACCACGACAACCAGGAGUAUUAAUAUAAAAACUCAUGUCAGUACCAACUCCUUUCCAACAAAACUGAUUUUGGGUUCCUCUCAAGUUGAUAUACUUUUCUCCUACAGCAGAGUGAGGUUGAGAUUAAUCUUAUGUAAUGAACAGACCCUAAUUAGCGCUGGAUUUGAAAUCUGAACAAGCUGUUGACGUCAAGUUUGUGUGGACUCAGAGGUGACUGAGCUGUGAGUGUUUGACCCUGCGCUCUCUCUCUGUGUGUGUGUGUGUGUGUGUGUGUGUGUGUGUGAGUGAGAAACAUCUCUCCAUGUUUAGACAUCGUCAUCAUCAGCCACUACUGUCCCUCAUGUCUGUAGUCAUGCUGAAGCCUCAAACAUCAUGGAAUGAGUUAUAAAAAUAAGAAUGUCCAAAAGGAAAUACGUGUCCCUGUUUCAUUUACUGUACAAAAUAUUUUCAUUUCUAAUCCAUG